CUUCCAAGAUGUCCAUGUGAUGAUGUUCGUUGGUUUUGGCUUCCUCAUGACCUUCCUCAAACGUUAUGGAUACAGCAGUGUUGGUUUCAACUUUCUCCUGGCUGCCUUCGUCAUCCAAUGGGCCACGCUAUUCCGUGGUUUCGUCGAGCUGGGGCAUUCGGAUGAUGGCAAGAUACACGUUAGCAUUACAUCGAUGCUUUUAGCGGAUUUCACCUCGGCCACCAUCCUGAUCUCGUUCGGUGCUUUGUUGGGCAAGACAUCCCCUCUUCAACUCACCAUCAUGGCCUUCUUCGAGGUCAUCUUCUCCCUCGUUAACGAGUUCAUUGCCGUCGAGUUCCUUGGUACUACGGAUAUAGGAGGUUCCAUGUAUGUCCACACCUUCGGGGCUUACUUCGGUCUCGCUGUAUCCAUGGUGGUUACCCGCCAGGCUGGACGGGAAAGCCCCAAAGAAGGAGCGGUCUAUCACAGUGAUCUCUUCGCCAUGAUCGGAACCCUGUUCCUGUGGAUCUUCUGGCCAAGCUUCAACAGCGCCCUCGGUGACGAUGACCAGCGUCACCGCGCCGUUCUCAACACAUACUUCUCCCUGUCUGCCUGCUGUGUCGCCACGUUCGCAACCUCCAGCCUGCUAAGCAAGAAAGGAAAAUUCGAUAUGGUCCAUGUCCAGAAUGCUACUCUUGCUGGAGGAGUUGCCGUGGGAACCGCUGCCAACCUGAUGAUCCAACCGUGGGGUGCCAUCCUGAUCGGAGUUGUUGCUGGAGUCCUCUCUACCUUCGGAUACAAAGUCAUCCAGCCCUUCCUCUGCGAGAAAAUUGGUCUCCAUGAUACGUGUGGUGUGAAUAACCUCCAUGGAAUGCCAGGUAUCUUGGGAGGACUGGCAGGAGUCGUGGCGUGUGCACUGGCUUCAGAGUCCGUCUAUGGUGACAGUCUUCCAGCCGUCUUCGGAGAUCGUUUUGAAGAUUCCACUGGAGCCACCCCCACUGAGAUCCGUAGUGCCGGUACACAGGCCCUCAUGCAACUAGCCGCCCUCGUCAUGACCCUCGCCAUAGCUAUCGUCUCCGGAUUGUUCACAGGCCUUAUUCUGCGCUGUGUCCCUGGACUUGAUGCUCUGAAGGACGAGAAACUCAUGGAGGAUGAAUAUUUCUGGGAGGAGGUCGAGGCUGAUGAUUCGAGCCAUGAAACUACAGGAUACCAUAUGGUACAGCAGAGGGCAAACUUGGAGGUUGAAGGCGAGGAGGGCGCCCAACAGACAACCGUCACCAAUGGCAAGGAAGCCGAUGCCCAGGUGUAAAAAGUGCGUCGAAUGUUUUUCCUCGUCCAGUUCGUACCAUUUCACUGCUCGAUUCCACUUAAACGUCGCUCACUCGUCGCCGAAAUGGGACCAGAACUUUACCGAUUUAUUGCCGAGUUUUAUCGAUCUUUUUAAAGUUAUUUGGACUCCCUGGCCCGAAUUCACAAAGGAGGUUUGUCGACAUACCGAGGUUUAUGUACGUCAUAUGACGCGUUUUGACGCUUUUUUUUACAAACCUGGUUUGUAAAAAACAAAAGGAGGUUUGUCGAAACAAAAGGAGGUUUGUCGACAAACCGAGGAUUGUCGACAAAACUCCUUUGUGAAUUCGAGCCUAUGAGUUCUCUCUCCACGCUCUCUUAAAGAGAUGGCUCUACAACGAUUUGCUAAGCAAGUUAGGGUCCACCCCUGGAACCCAACUAUCCUGUGUGAUUAGCGUUGUCAGUCGGGACCAAUACGGGCUUUCCACUAUCACCCGAAAUAGUGUUUUGCUAUUGACCGACAGGGGGCUCUUAUAAUCACCACAUGUUGUAGCAACAGAUGAAAGGCUUCAUGAAAAAAUGAGAAUUCCUUAAGAAAUUUUAUGGCUAGAGUUAUUUGAUCAGAUAAGAUUUGUUAACAUUCAUUUAAUGUGGAACUAUUCAAAUAUUUACAAAAAACCUAUGUUCGAUCAGGAUGAAUUUUCCUGUACCUACAACAUGUGUCGGAACUCUCGAUAGUGUAAAGCCAGUGCUGGUCUUGACAAGAUGUAUAAGGCCCUGUCUAGGUAAAGCCGCCAUUUCUUUUGAAAUCGAAGUAUCCGCCAGUAAAAUUACCAGUACAAAUAAUAAGUAGAGGAUUUGUGAGCGAUCGGAGUAAUCAAAAUCACAUAUUUACGGAAGGAGGAUAUUACAGAUGGGCAGCUCUUUAAAGACUUGUAUAUAUUUUUCAUCAUUAAAACACAUUAGUCAAUAUUCCGAUAAACUGCAAACCCGACGCUGGGCUUAAUAUUUUGUUUAAGAUAGGGUUAACAAAGGAAGUAAGUCUGAGGUCAAAUUUUUCCUUUAUAAAUGUGACCUUAGACACAGGUUCAGGUUUACCAGACUAAUUAACAAAUUCCAGUAUUGAUGACUUUCGGCUGACAAGCGCUCAACGAGGUUACAGGUUAUAUUUUACUCGAUAUGUUUUGCACUUACCGCAUGAAACCGGUGCUGACGAUUGAAAUAUGACGUCAAUUUUUUUUUCCAAUGAAUAUGUAACUCCUCUAGUUGAACUGCUGCAUUUCCUCCAGGAGAAAUGACCGUUUAAUCUGUAUCAAGAUAUAUGAGCUAAAACCCUUUUGGCCCCAAACCGACGGUAUGUAUAUAAAGUAUGAUACAAAGAGGAUGACGUUUUUGUUUAUAGUCAUAGUUGAUGCGUAAUAGGUUUCGAGCCUUUGGAAUUACAAGGCUUCGGAAUAAUGAACCUUCCGGAAAACGAUAAGUGACCAUUUCAUCGACGAGACCUACCAAAGACAGACAACAGACCGAAUGGAAACGAAUCAAUCUGUGUGUAAUCGGCUUGGAGUUGGUUUUGGCGGUUGGAACUGAGUAACAAGAUGGAGAAUGAAAUUCCCGUGGAAAAAUAUUCUGUUUAGUACUCUAACACGACGCAUCUAAUGCCAAAUAUAAUUUUAAAGAAUGCUCAGUACUCCAAGAUUCACCAUCCACUUUAGGUAGGAAAGAUUGUUCCUGAAAACAUUUUGCUGAAUUUAGCAUAAGUCUAGAUCAAUGCACGGUGCCUUGAAGUUUAGGUUUAGUUUUGAAUCCAGUGUAUAUGAUAGUUAGAUGGUGUUGUGAUGUUAGAAGUAGAUGGUUUGUUGAUUUGUAUCUAAUGCACGUUUCAUAUUUAGUUUGCACAAGUUUUCUUUUCAAAACACAUAGGAGAAGUAGUAUAUGUUUGUUUCGCAACAAAUGUGCGCGAUGCUCAUUUGCAUGCAAAGGGUAUAUACAUGAGUAGAAUAGUUUUAUUCUUUAUUCCGUUUUCCGGACUGAGAUACUAAACAUAUGCUAAUGGGUUUUAAUAUAUAUCUCGAAGUGUGAAAACCCUGAAGCAUGUUCUCACUAUAGAUUUCAUGUCACGGUAUUUUCGCCAAACCUUUACAAAAGUUGUAUUGUGACAAAGUUAUUAAAAAUAUUAUUGAAACAUCGAAGUGGGCAUAAAUGAACUAUUCCAUAAUAAAUGUAGAAUGAAUUGUUGAUGCCCUUAAAAUAUCAAAUUUAUAAUAUUUACUAGCAUAUUAUUCUCCAAAUCCUAACAAAUAAAAUCAAUAUUUAGCUUACUCGUGGUGAUUAUGGUUUAUAAAAGUUUUAUGUGUAUUAUUAAUCAUUUAUAUAUUAUGAUCAGCAUUAAUGACGUUGUUAAAACUGAAGAUAUAAUAGAUAUUCACUGUUUGCCUGUUUCUCGAAAGAUGUUUCUUCUUUCACGUUGCACUCAGGUGUACAACAUGUCCAUGAGUUAGUACAUUACAUGACAUAUAUUUACAGAGUGCCUGUUAUCGUGUGUGCAAGCUUGAAUUUAUUCCUGUAUAGGUUUCUUGCAAAUGAUAGUUAUGCUCAGGAUCACUAAACGAGAAUUAUGUCACAAAAUAUCUUUUUUUUUCUGUUUCACUUUGCUAAAUUGCUGCUGCAAAUUCUAAUCAAAAUAACCUUAUUUUUGCUAUACGAUGUAUUUUUCUAUUUUCAUUGUAUUUAACCAUGUCUUUAUAACAAUCUAUGUUUGACGAGUUUUCUAUAGCAUUUGGCUUUGUACAAAACUACGAUCAAUUAAAAACGUAUACAAUAUUUACCAUUUUUAAA